AUGCCAUGUGAUGAGGAGACAAAAGCAGCAUUCACAAAAGAAUGGCAAGCUCUCGAACAUGAAAAUUUAUCUUCUGCAGAUUAUUACUUCAAUUCUUAUGCUCACUUUGGAAUUCAUGAGGAAAUGCUCAAAGAUACCGUUCGCACAGGAUGCUAUCAGCGAGCCAUUUGUCAGAACUCACAUUUGUUUUUGGGGAAGGUUGUUCUAGAUGUUGGAAGCGGAACAGGAAUUCUCUCUCUCUUCGCUGCACGCGCAGGAGCUGCUCACGUCUACGGCAUUGAAUGCAGCGAAAUCGUCCACACAGCAAGAAAAAUAGUAGCUGCCAACGGCUACGAUGAUACCAUCCAAUUUAUACAAGGGAAAGCGGAAGAUGUCGAGCUUCCUGUUCCCCAGGUGGAUAUUAUUAUCAGCGAAUGGAUGGGUUAUUUUCUUCUAUACGAAAGCAUGCUAGAUACUGUGCUUUAUUGUCGAGAUCGCUGGCUUGCUCCGGGAGGAAUGAUCUUUCCUGAUAAGUCAGCCCUGUAUCUGGCUGCCAUUGAGGAUGCGGACUACAAGGAAGAGAAGAUUGGUUACUGGAAGAACGUGUACGGCUUCAACUUCGAAUGCGUCAGCAAGUGCGUUAUGGAGGACCCGCUCGUCGAUACUGUUGAUGAAAACGCCGUAGCGACCACCGCAUGCUGCAUACUGAAACUCGAUCUUAAGACAUGCACGAAAGAAGAUUUGGAUUUCUGCGCCCCCUAUCAACUGACGCUUCGACGAAAAGAUUUUGUCCAUGCAUUUAUCGCCUGGUUCGACGUGUGCUUUUGCGAUUGUCAUAAGCCCGUUGUGUUGAGUACGAGCCCGCAUGCACGUUACACACACUGGAAACAGACUGUUUUUUACAUGCAGGACGUACUGGUUGCAGAGGCAGGUGAUAAAAUUGAAGGAAUGAUAGCUGUCAAGAAAAGUAAGAAGAACCCAAGAGAUCUUGAUAUCAAGUUAUCUUACAAUUUUAGGUCCAAAAACGCUCCUCGCAAACUUGUCAGCAACACCCAGUUCUACCGUCUGCGCUGA